AUGAAAAAGGAACUGAAAGGAAAGAAACCAAAGGGCAAUGUUAACAGUAGUGUUGUAAGUAGCAAUUUUAAAGAAGAAAAGAGGAUAAUUAAAAAAAAAAAAAAAAUUUACUUCAACAACGCAAAGGGUGUAUGCCCAAGUCAGGCCUACAAGGGUACUGUAAACACAGGUUCAAACAUAAAUACCAAUAUAAAUUUGAAUAUAAAUAACCUAAAUUUCGGCCACGUCCAAGGACAGGGAACAGAGGCACUGCAGCAUAACCUAAGAAUUCACCCCAGAGCGAUAGGGGGAGGCGGACCCAUAUACGGAUUUGAUGCAGGGGAAAUAAUAGACAACGCUGCAAAUAGAACUAGAAAAGGCAUUUUACAAAAUGUGAAUAUUUCACCAAGGGGGAAAGACAAAGAUGGUAACUAUUUCACGACAGAUGUGGACGCAGGGACGAACUCUUUCGAUGUGAAAAAUAGGAAGUUAAAGAAGAAUGGAAGUAGCGGCCUAGGGACGGAUAAGAAGCCUUACAGAGGUGUCGGAAAUUCCAAUGAAGGAAACACUGGAAGGGUGGAUGACAAGUCCACCUUUAGGGGGAAGGAUGUCGUUUCACUGGAUGGAGCAGAGGGAAGGGCAGCGAGAGCAGCAGAUGGAGCACCAAUAGGUGACAACUUGAUCAGAAAUGGAAGCACUUUCGAAAGUGCAGGCGGAGCGGAUAACAGAGAAACAAACCAGCUUAGAGGAAGGAUCAGCGUUGGAAGUAAUCCCCCACAAAGAAAUUGCUACCGAUUCAGUAGCGGUCACUACUUUGCGAACUCACCCAACAAGCUGAACUUGGCCUACACACAUAAGAUUUACAAGAGUAGAGCCAGUAUUUAUACCAAAAAAUAUUUUAAAAAUAACAAAAUCGUCAAUAGUAGUAUGACUGGUCAGGUAAAGAAAGACGAAUUUAAUCCUGUGCAUAAUUACAACAUCAGUUUUGUUAAAAAGGGAGCAAGUAAAUCCCUAUCAGAUAUUAAGGACUCUGGGAAGGGAGACCAUACCGAGGAUAGCUAUUUUGAGUUUUCAGAAAAUGGGAUGAAUGCAGUUGAGGGUGGUAGGGAUGAUUUGGGCUCCCCCUUCCAUGUGGAUACCAGUAAGCGCAGUGGCGUUUUGGACAGUGCCAGCUGUAGGGGUCAGAAGGGGGGUUACUCUCUGUACCGGGCUUCGGCGAAGAGUAGCGGCCACGAAGUCAGCAAUUGUGGUAAUUGCGGUAAGUGCGAAAGUUGCAAAGGUCGAAACAUUUGCGGCGCUUCUAAUCUGUAUAGCAGGGCGACGAUGCAUGGCAUUUCAGGUAGAGAGAAGAAAGGAAUGGGGGAACCUAACCUCUCUGGUUCCAAUGUAGAACCGGUAGAUACAGAGCGGGUCGCGGAACAGGACGAGAAGAUGCUCAGCGAGGAGAAGCAAAAAGAGAAAGAAGCAUUUGCGCAAAGUUAUUUAGAGAAAAUAAUAAAACUUCUGUCAGACAAAGUAAAACGUAUGCUGACUGUGACAGAUAAGGAGUGCAUUCAUCUGGUGAGAUCCAUUGUAGAGCUUCUACAGUGUAUAAAGAAGAUCAUAAAUUGGUCUGAGCAAUGCCACUUCCACUACAGUAUAUUCGGCAUCGUAUUAAAUAUCUAUGCCCAUGUAUGUGUUAAGAUAUUUGCACAAAAUGACAUUUUAAAAGUAACGAACUUGAAGUGCCUGGUGUGUAUGUUCGAAAUCCUGAUUAUGCUAAGAAGAGAUUCUUUCAAUCUUUCUUACGGCUUUUUUUUAUUUGUAAAUUAUUUGAAGAGCAACAUCCAUGGGAUUGACAUCCUGACCAAGAAGAACUUAAAAUACAACACCAAGGUCGUGAAUAAUGACGAGAAGAUAUUUUUAAAAAUGGUAAACUCGUUUGUAACUUUGAUUUCCCAUUGUGCUGAAAGCCAGAGUAGCAUGGUCCGGGUGGAGUCUCUCAAGUCAUUUUGCUGCGUGUUGGGCAUGUUGAAGGGGAGGCGGCGGAAGGACGGGACUGCUCAGGGGGGAUGGGAGGCGUGGAGAAAGGUAGAAGAGGGGGUAGAAAAGGCGGUAGAUAAAGGGGUAAAAAAGGGGCUAGGAAAGGGGGUAUCAAAUGACAUGGGCUACGAGAUGGGGAAACAUUUAGGCAGCACCGUUAUGAACAAGGCAAAGGGGAACUCCCUUCGCCAAAGCGAGCCAAGUGAUGAACCCGCCUCCGCGGUGUUUUCCCCGUUCAGCAGAGCCCUAAUUAUGGGGAGUCUGGUGGGCAAGAAGAGCACCAUGUACAGGGGACACACCACGGGAAAGAUGAUAAACCUGCAGAAGUAUUACUUGAGUUUUUUUAAAAGUAGCUACAUGUGCUCAGAGGUGUACACGCAGAAUGGCGGCGAAGCAGGGAGAAGAGAUUUCCCUAAUAGGGAAAGUGAUCAAAAGUGGGUUGCCUCUCAACCGAGUUCUGUUAAUAAAAAUAUGGGGUCGAGAAAAGAGAACAUCAAUUUGUAUAGAGCCAAUAUGAGCAGCAUACCAAAUCACCACUGGCCAAAAAAUAAUUGGCACGAAAAUGCAAAGGAUGGAAAUCCACACUUCACAAAUGACCAACUUGGAAGCAACAGAAAUGUAGAGGAAAUAGAGUACAGAACAAAGAACUCUAUUUUGUUAACAAACUUUGAAACCAUUUUUAAUAGCGAGCCCAGUAAUGGUUGGUUGACGAACAAACUAGACGACGAGGAUGAACAACACAUGUUGCUUUUCAUCCUCAGGAUAUUCGAUUUGUUUGUCGACCUGUAUCAGGAUAAAGAGAUAAGUGAAAUUAUACAAAAGAACAUCGUGUUCUUUCUUAACCACAUAGAUGUCCACAUAUUUAGUUACGUGACGUAUUUGAUUACCAAGAUUUCGCACAUCAUUCCGAUAAAUAAAAGUUUUUUUAAUAAAUAUAUAUCUGUCCUUUUGAAGAAUUUGAACAAGGAAAGACGCAAGUUUAUAUUCCUCAUGCUAUCCUACAGUAGGUACGAAAAGAAUGGUUUGUUCGUUGUGUUGAACUUGCUGAGCAACUUGUGCGUUUAUAAUUUCCAUUAUAAGACGGACACCCACUUGAUGGAUUUUGAUAGUAUUUCUGAUGAAUCUUUUAGAAGGAAUUUGGGGGAGGAGAACGACUGCGGGGGUGGCACGGGCGAUGGGGUUGCUGGUAGGAGAAGUGGCAUCCGGGGAGGUAUCGCCCGAAGAGGUACUACAACUAGUAGCAUCACAGAUGAGUACAACACGCAUCCGUCGCUUAACCCAACGAAUGAAGACUCCUUUGGAGACGCGAGAGACUACAAUAAUGUUAACGAGCAUGAGGUGUACCUUGUGGAUCAUAUGAUACACAACAAUGAAGAAUGGUGUUCUGUUUAUGCCGUUUUGAUUGUGCUGUCAUUUAAGUACCCUAGUUUGAUGUUUUCUUUCUUUUUUAAAAAAUUUGGAGACAGUUUUGUACAGAACUGUGACAAUUGUUUACCUCAUUUUAAUUUGUUCGAUUGGUCCCACAUAUUUGGGUACUACAUAUCGAGUGGUGUUUUGAAUGUCGCUCUGGAGGGAGAGACUCAAGUUAAAUCCCGCAUGUUGAAUGGGAUGAGAGGCGGUGGUGGUGUGCCUGAUGGUACCGCUUCUCCGGAGGAGGACUAUGGGAGAACUCCCACGAGUGAAUGUUCGGGCCCCAGCGAGGGGGGCCAGAGGGAUGAAGCGAUCCUCACAGAUAACAAGAGGGGUGAAACGAAUGAAACAACAAGAAUUGGCAGUAUCAUAGAUCAGGCAAACCAGGUGGAUACCCAUAUCAGAGCAGUUAGGAAGCAGAGCCUUCCGUGCAAGGAAGAGGUGGCACUGGAAUUGCUAACCCAUCAGAUGUACGCCUUUUUAGAGUACCCGCAUUGUGUCCAACCAAGCAUAGGUGAUCGAGAAUGGAGUUUCUGUUAUGUGUACAUAUCUAGUGUACUUAAUCUUUUUUUUAACAAGAAUGCUUCCUUUUUUGGAGAAAAUUGUUUCUUUUUUAAAAAAAAUAUAUGGCACUUAUUCCACGACCGAUCGAAUUUGAAGACACACCAUUUUCUGGACUAUUUAGAAAUGUUUAAGGAUUCAAAUUUUAAUUACGUCAGUGAGAGUAGCGAAUUGGUGGGGAUGCUAAACUGUGUCAUUAACCCUUCGGAGGAAGGAACCGAAUUCGCGGAGAAACGCGAGAAGGGGAGUAAGCAGCUAGAAAAGGGAGUCUCUAUAGGAGCAGAUUUAAUGGCCAAAUGGAGACAAAUGAACAACAAUAAAAAGAUGGUUUCGUCUGGAGAUAACACAAAGGAUGACCCUGACGCAGACUUAAUACAUUUUAAGCAACCCUACAUGAAAUGCUGUGGCCGUAUAUCCGACGAGAUAGAGGAUCACAUGACUAGUAAUCUUUUUUUUCAAAUUAUGGUGAGUGAUUCUUACUCGCCGAAUGAUCCGCCCUUUGAACACUAUGAGGAGUAUUUGCGAAAAAUUAGCGUCGAAUUGAUUGCGGCUCGGUUGAUACAGCAGGAGAAGGCGGGCUUCACCCAUUUGUGCUGCUUCAACAAGGGGGACAAUUUAUUGAGUGAUCUCUUUUUGGAUGACGAUCCUUUCGUAGAAACGGUGACUACCUGUUUGGAAGUUCCAUUUUCUCGUCAGAGUGUAGCGAAGCAGGGGGACCUUUCGAGCAGCAGCGUAGGGAAGGAGAGACCAAGUAGUUUGGCACAACACCCUGCAGAUGGUAGCCCUGUUGGAAAGGAUACAACUAUUGUUUUGUCCAACACGAUUGACGAGGAACGUAAGGUUCUCGAUGCGAUUAUUAAGAGGAAUGUAAAAAUGGAGAAGCAGCAUAGGAAAGGCUUUGUCGAUUUGGACGGCAGACUACAAUGGUCCAUUGAAGAAGGGGAUGAUCAGGGCAUUAAACCGGCUAACAAUUUUAGAGCGUCUGAACAUAGUUGCGGCGAAGACAAAAAGAAAGAAAAAAUUCGGCCAUAUAGUGUGAGUAGCCACGUUGCAAAAUUGUGUGGAAGCAGUGCCGAAGGAGGUAAAGCAAUGGAGCGAAGGGUAUCCGAGGGAAGGCACAUACUACAAAGGCGAAAUUUUGCCGAGUUUAAAUUUUUGAAAGCGAAAAUAAAAAUUUUGCAUGAAGGGAUGAAGAAUGGAAUUCGAAGGAGGGAAAAAAUUAUAAAUUUUCAGAAGAAAUUUCCGGAGUUUUUUUACCAUAAGAAGGUUAUCAAUAUAAAUCAUAAAAUAAACAAAAAUUUGAUUAAAAUUUAUUACCUGUUCAGUGCGAAUUAUUUUUACACAACAAAUAUAUCGCAGAUAAUUCACACCAUCAUGGUGAAAAUCUACCAGGAGGAUUUUUUUCUGUUUAAGGCGUUGAAAGACUGCUUUUGCAGUUUUCCUGAAAGUGGUAAAAAUGUAUGGAACAAUUUUGAGGUUAAGGAAAGGAAUUUUUUUUACAAUUUUAUAUGCAAAGCGAAGGAAGGGAGGCAUGUCAAAGCUGUCGAUUGGAUGGAACAAUUUAAUCAUGUGUUAGUUGGGGUAGAUCAACUGCUAAACGGAGAGGACAAGAAAAAUGCCAGUAACACAUAUUCAGUGAACGUUUUAAUAAACAAGAUAUUAAAAAUUAUUUUAAAACAUUUGAAGAGUAGAAAUUUUAUAAAUUAUAACAAGUGUCUGAAUUUUCCUUUUCUCUUUUUGUCUUUUUUUGACAUAAAAAUUAAGUUAUCCUUGGAAAUGGAAUCGUUUCCAUUUUUGGAAAAGCUCGAUCAAGGAAAUUUUAAAAAUAUACUCUUAAAUUUGCCUGACCACGUUAGGUACUUUUUUGGCAGCUUAGUUUUGUAUAUAGAGUAUGAGGAUAUUUUCCUUGUGAACAAGGAGAAAUGCCAAGUGAGGGAGACCCCUCGUCCACCCAACAGUACCCAAUGCCGAAGCAGGCGGCACCGAAAUAACUUAACAACAUACAAUUUUAUCAUCGAAAGUAUCCUCGCGGAAGAUUAUUCUCUGAAGAAUUUAAAAAAUAUGAAUAAGACAAACAAGAAGGAAACAAAGAAUUCUCUCUUCGCAAAGCGGAAAAAAGCAAAGGUGGAAAUCCAAAAUGUGAAGAAUACCUCCGACUUUGAACUGGAGGAUAAAUAUUUGAAAGUGCACAAUGCUAACGUAGGGAAAGAAAAAAGAAAGGAAAAGAUAAAAAAGGGAAACGGCCCAUUCAAAAAAAUAAACAAAUUGAAUUAUCACAAAAUAGACGUUAGCGAAUGGAACGUAAAAAGUUUCCGUUGUGCAGGUGACAGCCCACGCGGUUACGCAACACCAUUUAGGAGUACCAUAAAUGUUGAAUUUAAAAAAACUGUUCAAAUUAAUUUUGAUUGCUCUUCCACUUUGCCCGUUAAGUGCAAAAUAAACUUCUGCUAUUACCACUUCCAGGACAACGCGUUUUGUCUUUUCCCUCUAGCCAGGACGAAGCAUAUUUACGUGCAUCCGUCGCAGUGA